CCGCCUCUUUGUAAGCUCCUUCAGAGCGGAGGGGAGCUGUGCUGCCGCUCGGUCCCUUCGGGAUCCUCCUCCUCCUGCUUCGAAAAGAUGAGGCGAGCGCCGGGCGGGAGGCGAAGCAGCUGACGGGCGAGCGAGUGGGCCGCGCCAUGAAGGGAGAGAAGGAGGAAGGGGAAGGCGCGCCUUCCCACAAACUUCCGAGGAACGGCUUCGUGAAGGGCUGCGCGGCGGGCCCUCCCCGGAGAAGCCUCGCGGGCGCGCCGUCCUGGUGGUGGCGGGCGCUGCUGGGGGCACUGCUGGGCUCGGCGCUGGCGCUGCUGGUGGUGCUGCUCCUGUGGGCGGGGGAGGCCGGCCCCCCGCUAACGCUGCGCCUGCUGGGCCUGGGCCAGUGCCUGAGCCCGCUCUUCAGCCUGGCCUGCGCCUUCUUCUUCCUCACGGGCUACUUGUCCCGCGACGAGGCCGGGCGGUGGCUGCUGGCGCUGCCGCUGUGCUGCUUCGCGGGCGAGGCGGCGGCGGCGGCGCUGCGCUGGUGCCCCGAGGGCGAGGCGGAGCUGCGGGCCGUGCCCGGGCGCCUGCUGGCCUCGCUGGGCGCCGUGGCCGGGCUGGCCCUCCUCCAGCGCGGGCUCCGGCUCCGGCGCAGCCUCCUCGUGCUGCUCUUCGCCGCCCUCGCUUGGCUCCUCGCCCUCGCCUCACUCCGCUCGCUCCCGCCCGCCCUCCGGCCCCUGCUCGCCGCCGCCGCCGGCCUGGCCGGCACCUCCCUCGCCCUGCUCCUCCAAGGCAAGGGCGCGCGGCGGCGGAGGGGCGGACCCUUCCUCCCGGCGAACCCCUCCGGCUCGCCCCCCGCACAGACACACCAGCCCUCCUGGCCCCCCCCCGCCGCCGCCGCCGCCGCCGAGGAGAAGGUGCCCGUCAUCCGGACCAGCGGCGGCGGAAGCAGGAGGAGAUCCAGCUGCGUCUCCCUCGGCGAGACCACCUCCGGCGGUUACUUCGGCAGCUGCAAAAUACACCGCAGACCCUCGCUGCCUUGCAUCUCCAAGGAGCAGAUGAUUCUUUGGGACUGGGAUUUAACUCACUGGCAUAAACCUUACUAUCAGAAUGCUUGCAGUGGAAAUAGAAUUGAUCUUUCUAUACUAAAUGAGACUCGCAACAUGGUGUCUGAUCUCCUGAACGAUCCAGUCCUUCCACCUCAUGUGAUCUCUUCACUUCGAAGUAUCAAUAGCUUAAUAAGUACUUUCUCAGGCACAUGCAAACCAAAGCUUAACCUGUUUACUCCCUUUCCGGGGUUUUAUCCAUAUCCAGAAAUGGAAGACUCAUCUGAAAGAGGAGAUCGUAAACUGCAUAAGACAAUGAACAGCCGAAAUAGUUUGCCAACUCCACAGUUAAGGCGGAGUUCAGGAGCAACAAGUUUACUGCCUAUUGAACCAUCUUCUAGGUGGGAUCGCAGUAAUGGCAAACGAGUACAUCUUGAGUAUAAUUCUUCAAGCCAAGGAUCUUACCCUAAUGGACCUCUUAACACAAACUUGUUGACAAUACCAAAACAAAGAUCAUCUUCAGUGACUUUGGCUCACAGUAUAGGAUCAAAACGAGCUGGAACUUCCCAGAAUCCAAUUCCUGUGACUUCUCCUAGUAGUGGAUUUCUCUUUGGUGGAUACCACAGGUCACCUGUAGAAUUUCCUGACACUGCUGAUUUUCUUACUAAGCCAAGCAUUAUGAAUAAAUCUUUGGGAUGCACAUUUAGUUCUUCAGAUUUUCAACAACAAAUUAGAACAUCUUCACAUUAUACAUGUAGCAGUUGUGGACGACUAAUAUUCAAGUCAGUUGCUACUUCAUUAUCUGAAUCUGUAGCAGAAUACCAAAACCACAAAACAGGUGACGAUGGAAAUACAGAUGUUUCAAAAGAUUCAACCCACUUUAUAGAGAAACAGCAGAGUGAAACAGGAGAAAUAAAAAAUCACAAUAAUUUGUUGGAGGAUGAUCAUUCAUUAGAAUUGAUGGCAAUAGAAGACCAUGAUUCAUUAAUAGAGAAAAUGAACACUUGGAAUUUCCAAAUAUUUGAUCUUGUGAAAAGAAUGGGAAACAAAUCUCAAAGAAUCCUUAGUCAGGUUGCAUUCACGUUGUUUCAAGACACCAGUUUAUUUGAAAGUUUCAAAAUUCCAACUCAGCAAUUCAUGAACUACUUUCGAGCAUUAGAAAAUGGUUACCGAGACAUUCCCUACCACAAUCGAAUACAUGCCACAGAUGUUCUUCAUGCUGUGUGGUAUCUUACAACAAGACCUAUUCCUGGAUUUCAGCAAAUACACAGUGGUGCUAUGACAGCAGCUGACAGUGAUACAGAAAAUGGUAUUUUAGCUGGCCAUGUUUCCUAUGUUUCCUCCAAGAGCUGCCCAAUUCUUGAUGAAAACUAUGGAUGCUUAGCUUCAAACAUUCCAGCCUUAGAAUUAAUGGCUUUGUAUGUAGCAGCAGCUAUGCAUGAUUAUGACCAUCCUGGUCGUACAAAUGCUUUUUUGGUAGCUACAAAUGCUCCUCAGGCUGUGUUAUAUAAUGACAGAUCAGUUCUGGAAAAUCAUCAUGCAGCUUCUGCAUGGAGCCUCUUUUUAUCUCAACCAGAAUACAACUUCCUGCCUGAUCUUGAUCAUGUACAAUUCAAACGAUUUCGAUUCUUAGUUAUUGAAGCAAUCCUUGCAACAGACCUCAAGAAACAUUUUGAUUUCCUUGCAGAAUUUAAUGCCAAGGUUAAUGAUAUAAAUGGUCAUAGUAUUGAGUGGAGCAGUGAGAGUGAUCGGCUAUUAGUGUGUCAGAUAUGCAUCAAGCUGGCAGAUAUCAAUGGUCCAGCAAAAGUUAGAGAUUUACAUUUGAAAUGGACAGAGGGUAUUGUGAAUGAGUUUUAUGAACAGGGAGAUGAAGAGGCAAGUUUGGGAUUACCCAUAAGCCCUUUUAUGGAUCGACAUUCUCCUCAGCUUGCAAAAUUACAAGAAUCUUUUAUUACUCAUAUUGUUGGUCCCCUCUGUAAUUCCUAUGAUGCAGCUGGGUUGCUUCCUGGCCAGUGGAUUGAUGAAAAAGAUGAUAAUGAAAGUUCUGAUGAAUAUGAUGCAGAAGAAUUGGAUAGUGAAGACGACGAAAUUGGUGACUUUGGCACAAAGCUACAAAGAAGAAAAAGACGGCGGAUAUUUUGUCAACUAAUACACCAUUUGAAUGAAAAUCACAAGAUAUGGAAGAAGAUAGUUGAAGAAGAAGAAGAACUAAAUAAAUCAGAAGAGAGUAAGCAGGCAGAGAAUACAUCCUUAGGUCAAUCAGAUGAAAUUCAGGUUAUCGAGGAAGCCGAUGAAGAAGAGGAACACCAUCAGGGGGAAGAGAACACUUUUUAAGAACUCAGUAUGGUAAAUAUCACCAAUCCAGACAGUAUACAGUCUUUAGAUUGAGAUAGUUGAC